UAGUCUUCCCCUGUUUACCGCGCUGCUCUCUAAUCUGCAUGCAGACAACUUCUUUGUGGAUAUUUGGAUUUCUUCACCAUAGCAACAGUGCUGUAGAACCGCACCGUACAAUCUCUCAUCCGACUCAGUCGUGUCUGGGCAUCGCAAGGCACACGGGAGAGAGAGAGAAAAGGAAAAAAGGAGAAAGAAGAAAAGGACACCCCUUGCCUGCACCUAAUUCUCUAUAGGAAUUUGCCUCAUUAGGACCAUGACAGCUCUGUUACAUUGGCUCCAAAGUGCCAAGGGUCACAUUCACAGUCGUCGGGUGAGCACUCAUUCCUGCACUCAGCUGAGAGAUAAAUGGCGGGAUGCAAUAAUUUUACUCUUUGCUCACCAUGCCAGAUUCGCUCUAUGCUGAAUCCUUUUGUGUCAGCCAGACAGGCUUCUGUCUCCGCGAUCAACUGUGGGUUAAUUUUUAGACAAAGGCUGGAAGAGCCCCCUUCUCUUCCACUCUGCCAAGCUGCCCGUGCCUCUAAAUUCCCACUCAUUUCACCUCUCCGCUCUGUGUUUACCUCCGUCUUGUGAUUUCUCCACCCCUUUCUCUCACUCUUUCAUGCUCCCUCCCACAGCUUGCCAUCUCUCCUCCCCUCAUGCCUUCAAAGCCAGUGGUCUGCUCGUCACUCCAGGGCAGCUUGCUACAUGAUCUCUAUGAAAACAGCCUCUGCGUCUUUCUCAAGCUGCUCCAUGUGCAAGCUUUUUUAGCAUUCCUUGCCCGGGACUGCAGGAUGUUUUUGUGCUGGCACUGAUUCCUCCAUUUCUCUUCUCGUUUUCCCCUUCCCCUCCCCUGUCCUGAUCUCCUGCCCUCUGACCCUCACCCCCUGUCUUAUCCUAUUCCUUCCUAUCCCAAGUCAUUCUCUUCUUUCUCUCUCUCUUGACCAUGUUGCCAUGUGUCCACCGACUCCAGCCUGUCCUUGCUUUGCUGUCCUUUACAUUGUUGGCUCAAGGGGAAAACUGUCCAACCACCUGCCUGUGCCCAGACCCUCACACUGUGGACUGUAGCGGGCAAGGACUUACCCGUCUUCCGGAUGAGAUCCCUUUGGACGUGCGGAGACUUCUGCUGGCUAACAACUGGAUCCCUCGUAUUCCCUCGGACUUCCUAGUGCUCUACAGCGACCUGGUCUAUCUAGACCUUCGCAACAACACACUCUCCCACAUUGAGCCGGGCACCCUUAGUACAUCCUCCAGGCUGGUUUUCCUGGACCUUGGCUGCAAUAACUUGACCGAGAUCCCCAAAGGGACUUUUGGAGAGUCGAGGAGCCUAAUUAAGUUGCGCUUGGGCAACAACCCUUACCUGAGCAUGGUCAACGAAGAUGCUUUCAUGGGUCUUACAUCUUUGCGUGAACUAGAACUGGAACGCAACGCCCUGUCUGGGCUACAAGUGGGUGCCCUAAACCAGCUGCCCUCCCUUCGGGUGGUAAGGCUAGAGGGCAACCCAUGGGUGUGCAAUUGCAACUUUGCCAACCUGUUCACUUGGCUGGUAGAGAAUAGUCACAAGCUUCCCAAUGGUAUAGAGGGUAUGGAGUGCUCUUUGGCCACUGAUGGACGCCGCUUGCCUCUCAGUCAGCUCUCCCGGGACAGUUUUCGGGAGUGCCAGAUCACACUCACCCUCACCGAUUUCCUCAUCAUCAUCUUCUCGGGCAUCUCCGUCUCGGUGGCAGCCAUCAUAGCCAGCUUCUUCCUGGCUUCCACCGUCCACUGUUUCCAACGUUGGAGCAAGGGCACUAAAGGAGAUGAGGAAGAGAGUGAGGAAUGAGGAGGGAGGUUGGAGCCGAUGACCUUCAGUCUGAUUCAAAGCUGCCAGUCCUUGACAGGAAGUAGCAAAGAGUUCAAUCAAACAGUGUGACUGACCAGACACCAGCUAGAACUAGAGCUAGUAUGGUUAAAGAAGGAAGAGACCAUCAUCCAAGAUUUGAGGCAAUUGUUUCUCAAGUGGAUAGAUGUAUUUAUGGUGACAGCGCUAUUAAUGUAAUUACUGGUAUGGACAGAGUAACCCUAAAAUCAAUGGAUAUUUGGUAUGAACGUAAACCUUAGUAUGCAAGCUUCCAGGGAUUCACGUGUGAAUGGAAAUUCUUCAAGGUCCUGUCCUCCGGUAGAGUUCUCAGUGUUGUUGCAUAUUGUUGUCCAUAGUGUCUCUCCAUGCACAAGUCAAUUUAAAGCUAGCAAAAACUGUGCUACUUGUUCAUCGUGCCAAAUUAGCACAGGUAGACUGCAAAGGUUUGGCAAAGCACUAAAGAUUAUGAAAGGCAAGUUAGUUAGUCAGUUAAAUGUUGCAGUUAUAGCUUUUUAAAGCCAAGUAUAUGUGAUGGAAGCCAUUUUUCUUCAAAUUUGCAAGGCUGAAAAAUAAAAAUAUGAGCUUAUAAAGAUUUCAGAAGGCAUUAGCUGAAAUUGAAGGUCUAGAAUAGAGCUUGACGUGAAUAGCCGUGUCAAUCACAGCACUUUAAAAUGGUUCUACCUAAGUUACGCUGGCCCUCAAACCCAAACCCAGUGGACUGGUUCUGCCCAGAUCUGCCAAGGCAUCGAGGGACCGUGUUUUCAAAUAUAGAUUUAUUUUUCUUUAAAGAAAGUAUGUGAUUUAGCAAGAUUACAUUUAUUUAGUGUAAUUAUGGUACUGAAAUAUUUACCCUUAAUGUGACUUCAAAGACAAUAGCUAUGAGAUGGAGAUAAAUACAUACUACUGUUCUGCAAAUGUUAUUGUGUUACUCAUAUCUUAAUGGUAUAUUGGCGAUUAUAGUCAUACAGUGGCUCGAACGAGUAUUUCAAUGCUUAGGCCAUAGUUAAAAAUGUAUUGUCAUUGCAUUAGCUAACAAAAUAUCAA